ACGCUUCAGAAGAACUCAGGAAAUGACAUUUCCUCCGUUUAGCAGGACACAGAGACAGCGAGAGAGCGAGCAUGUGAGCGAGAGACUACUGGGAGAACGAGUGGGAGUUCCUAAGUGGGAACAGAGCAACUAGUGUUUCAUAUUACUGCGAAAAGAGGAGAAAGAGAGGAAGAGUUCAUGUGGCCAAAGGCUGUGGUGGGUCCCGCAGUCGUGCUCCGCUUGUUUAAGCGUGCUGCAGUGUUGUGGGUUUAUGGAUUCACUGAGAGAGGACAAUGUACAUUUCUGUAGUGCUGCUGGUCCUGACUAAAGCUCUGCUCACAGAAGUAUGUCACGCCCUGAACGUGACGGUGAUCCCGGGGCCCGUUCUCACGGCAACCGAGCGGGAGAACCUGACACUGUCCUGCCUGGUAUCUCAGAGAAAGAAGAAUGGCAGCACUCUCGUCCUCCGCUGGUUCUUCUCCCCUCUGGCUGCUCCCACCCCCGCGCCUCCUUUACCUCUCCCGUCUCCUUCCCCCGCCGCCCCAGAGUCCUCCCAGGUCCUCAUAGUCAAAAUGGGCAUCAAGAAAAUCAAGCUGUACGGCAACUACACCCGCCGCUUCCCCCAGCCCAAGUUUCGUCUUUACGAGCAAACGGAGGGAGAGGUGUACCGCUUAAGGAUUCUCAACGUGAGUGGGACGGACCAGGGCUUCUACACGUGUCGAGUGCACGAGAUAAGAAAGUACAGGAACAUAUGGAGAGCAUGGUCCAACGGUAGCAGCACCACACAGCUGACAGUGCAUUUUACACUGGAGGCUCGUGGAGGUGAAGGAAUUUGGCGCCUGUUAUCAGACGUGAACGUGUGUGCCGUGCUGAUCUGCUCGCUGGGCUUAGUCUCCAUCUUCCUCUUCACUCUCACGCUCACGUUCCAGUAUUUCUUCAGGAGACACAGGCUCAAAGCAAGUUACCUUCUGGUCAAGUGUCCAGAGAGCAGCUCCGGAGAGACAGUAACCAGCUCCGGAAGUUCUUCUAGUUCCUCACCAAGAGCACUGAGUAAAUACAUGGGGCAAAAAAGUGAUAGGAAAGUGGCAUUAAAACCCCCUAAGGUGCCUGAGAAGCCACUACCACACACACCACCUACAGUGCCCGUGGCUUCAAAAAGACCCCAGAAGCCCAAAAGGUCAAAGGUCCCAAGGAGGUCUGCCAAUCCUCAAGCACGUCAGGAGGACAACCUGACAUACGCGGAGCUGGAGUUGGUCCGACCAGCCAUCGAGCCCCCGGCCUCCACCAGUCCCGACCCUGACCCUUCCAGCCCAGACACGGUGUACGCUCAGAUCCUCUUCCAGGAGAAGCAGCUGUAAACACAGCAACUCGAUCUGGACCCAUGGAUAUCUCGCUAUACCUCCCGGAGAGGAAGACCUGAUUGGGUUCUGGAGUGAGGAUGUGUAUUUAUGAACAUGCAAUUGGCAUUUGUUUUCACUGUAUGCGUCUUUGCGUGUGUUUGAGCACCUGAUUCGAGUCUAACACAGACAUUUUUGAAGGGCCUGAUUUUAUUUGUUUGCUUUGUCGGCAUCUCUGGUCUGUGAGCCAGAUGUUGUAAGAAUGCUCUGUUAUUGCUGACAGGAUGCUCAGGAGAGAAAUCGUUGUCAAUGCUCCUUUUUCUGGACAUCAUUGCAACUCUCAGCUUUUUUUCAUUCAUCUCUAGUUUACAGUGGAGACACGCUUAUGAAAUAAUAAAUGGCAAUGUAAAUUAUAUAUGCCCAUGUAAAAUAUUUGUUUCAUAUAAAAACCCUUUUUAAAUUGAUCUGGUGACUUUUCUCUGUUAAGUUCAUAUCACUAACCAUUUGCUAGACAUCUCAUUUGGGCAGGCAUGCCCAACCAGUAGAUCGCGAUCGACCGCUAGCCCCGGGGACUGGUCGCAAGUUGAUCACAAGCGGCGUUGGGGAAAAUGGGGAAAAAGCACCUCUACGAUCUUUGUGUCUUUGAAUAGAUUUUUCAGUUACGACUAUAUUUUUUACCUGCUUUUAUUUCUCUUAGGUGGAUGGCGCACCCAAUGAAGUGUUAAAAUUUCACAACAAAAUUCAACUCUUUUCAACUCUGCAAAUCAAACCAAUCAUGUUUCAAUAAUAGUCCCACGAGAGGUCUGCCAUGGGACACCUCUCAUGACUAAUUGGGCAUGGGACGCAAGCUCGGGUCUGAUCAGUCUGUAGCUGACCACCUCUGGUGAUGGUGUAUCAUGCGAAUGGCCAAAACACACCAUGAGCCUGAGGAGCACGACUGAGGAUGCGUUCCAAAAUUUCAACUGUCCCAUUUCCUCCAUUUUUUUGAUCAUGUCAUUCUCCAACAACAAAUCCACCAACUCUCUGAAUGUGCUCGCACAAGGAUAACAUCUCAUCCUGUAUUUUUUGGAACGAACAAGAUAGAUCAAGACAUUUAUGAAAUUCGACUGUGUAAUGUCUGGUUACCCGUUACCACUUGAAUACACAUAUUCAAAGUAUCCCUCUACAAGUGCAGUGUGUAUGGAAAAAGAACCCUGAGAUAAUUAUUAGAAUGUUUUGAUUUGGGGCCGAGCACAUAAACUAAAUUGAAUUGAACUGCGGAGCACAGGGAGUCGAUUCUUGCAAAAUGGCCUCGGCAAUUAGCAGCAAAUAACACAUUUUGGAGGGGGGAGGGGGGGCGCAUGCGUUACGCUCAAGCAGGCAAGAAAGGUGAAGGUCGUGAGGCAUUUGCUGAAGGUCAGGUUGAAAAA